CAUGAUACUCGCUAACUGCUAUAUUCUUUCUCCAUUAGGUUGAAGUGAUGAUGACAAGACAAAAUGAUGACUAAACGGAUUUAUGCAGGAUGUCUGUGUUUGUCCCUCGAUGAAGAAACGGCGCCGUGAUUACGUACAAGUUGGUGAAUACGGAGAAUGGGUAUUAUACGCAGGAAUCUGUCGUAAAGUACGUCCUGGGCUCUGUACUCCGGCGUGAAAGUAGAGAAUACGAGUGCUUGAGAUGAUCGCAUAGGAUAUUUUCUCAACCGCAACCGAGUUUAUGUUAGCCGUGAGCGGAACACUCGGAGAGUUCGGGGAAAUCCAGUGGAUUUCUGGCGGAGGCCAUAUUAUGCCGCUUGAAAAUGUACCCGAAUAAUCGGAUGACAGCACUCCAAUCCAUCUAAGGAAAACUUUCGAGUUCAGUUUAAACGUUGAGCUUGCAAUAAAAGGAGGUCGUGUGGCUAACAGGAUCCCGAGGGCUGCUGUGAACCGAGGAGCUGUGGCUAGCAUGGUGCUAAUAUCACCCAUGCAGCCGAACUACAUCGAUUGACUGAAAGACUGCGUCGCUUCUCGGGUCUGCUAAUGUUCAUGAGGCGUGUUUGGGUCCUGCGUUCUCAAGAUCCCCACUCCCUUAUAGGGAGACCUGAAUCCGAUCUGCUUUACGGGCCAUAUAUUUGCCUAGCUUGACUGUCAUCUCAUGUAUGGAUGGACGCGUGCAUGCUUUGACAGAAUCCUGCGUGCAUCGUUGCAGCGGCACAGAGCAUCCAAAGGAGGGGCUCUUACUUUAGCAAAUAUAAAUUGGAUCCGUCGAAGCGUUUAAUUUGCGGAGACUCGCAGCUGCUCGUCUCCCUAAGAACACUACGUAAGACUUCAGCGUACCCUACGUCUUUUUGAAGUAAUAAUUUCGGGUGACAUUGCAGUCUCUCCCCUCUCACUUGGAGAGAUAUAACGUAAGCUCUUCUCGCUUAUUGCGUCCGUGAAGGGAAGGUGGAGCAUUGCCCGUCGUACGUGCUGACGCAGUGGGAUUUCUACGUGUGGUCUGCGUUUCGACCCGCCCUUCCCGCGGUGACGGUGAUGGGUCGGAAGCGGUGUGUCGGUGCAGAUUGUUCGAAGAUGGCGGCCGGGUGCUGCGGGGUGAAGAAGCAGAAGUUGUCGGGAUCCCCCGGUGCGGGGGGUCCCGGCGGGGCGGGGAGCGGGGUAGCCGGGACCGGACAUUGUGGAUCGGAAUUGGGGAUCGGGUCCUCUUCGACUGUCGUGGCCGGGAACGUGAAUCGGGUGAACGGCCUGGGGGGUUCAGGGGGUAGUAGUAGUAGUAGCAGCAGCAGCAGCGGCAGCAGUGGCGGCGGCAACACCAAUGUUCUAUCCCCAACUCCAGGAGGAUAUAACUCAACGGGCCUCUCCCCGACUCUCAGUCCCGGACCUGGCUCGGGAGGCAGGAAAAUGGUCGUUUCGGCGGAGAUGUGUUGCUUUUGCUUCGACGUGCUUUAUUGCCAUCUAUACGGAUACCAGCCUCCUCGAACACCCAGGUUUACAAACGACCCCUACCCACUGUUUGUCACUUGGAAAAUCGGCCGGGACAAGCGGUUAAGGGGUUGUAUAGGUACAUUUUCUGCCAUGAACCUGCACUCAGGACUCAGGGAGUACACCCUUACUAGUGCCCUUAAAGACAGUCGCUUUCCCCCCAUGACGAGGGACGAGCUGCAGCGCCUCUUCUGCUCAGUGUCUCUGCUCACCAACUUUGAGGAUGUUGGGGAUUAUUUAGACUGGGAGGUGGGUGUUCACGGCAUUAGGAUAGAAUUUUUUAAUGAAAAAGGAUCAAAGCGCACCGCCACCUACCUGCCAGAGGUUGCGAAGGAGCAAGGAUGGGACCACAUUCAGACCAUAGAUUCCUUACUUCGAAAGGGAGGUUACAAAGCUCCCAUCACAAAUGACUUCAGGAAGACAAUUAAAUUGACCAGGUACCGUAGUGAAAAGAUGACAAUGAGCUACGCAGAAUACAUCGCCCACCGCCAGCAUCAUCACUACCAGAAUGGCAUCGGGCACCCUCUCCCUCCAUACAACCAUUAUUCCUGACAGCGAGCCGCAUGACCAGUCACUGGACCUCUCUGCGGACAUCUUCCCCGGAGAGCCUGCCUCCUCGUGGUCUAGCUAUCUGUACUACUGUACCAUUUUAUGAUGAUAGUUUCCGUUGCCAUGUCCACAGUCAGAUGGAGGCAUGGCAGCGGGUGCAAAAUAAGCAUUAGGUGAUUAUAAAGCGAAAAAUUCAUUUUGUCAUUUUUAUUAUUUGUAUUAAUUUAGUUUUUGCAGCAUAUAUAUAUAUAUAUAUAUAUCGACCCCUUAUUAUUAUUAUUAUUAUUAUUAUUAUUUUUUUUAACAAAUAAACAAGUACUAAGUUUUUUUGUUGUUUCAACAAAUUUCCUAAUCAGGUUUCUUAGUCUGUGGAUGGAAAUAAGUCAUAUUGAAUGAUGGGCUAGUUUUGAAGAUAGUAUAAUUUUGCUCAGAUUUUAUCUAUGCUAAGCUUUAAUGACUUAAUGAAGAGGAGGGGGGGAUUGCCUCAGUUGUUACUUAUUAGUUUGACUUUUUAUCAAGCAGGCAACCACAGGGUUUAAGGGAUGUCAUUUCCUCUCUGUGUUAUUCCUCUGAUAACUUUCCUUUAUUAGGGGUGAUUUUCUGUUUUCCUUUUUUUGUCAAUUUUGUUGUGGGUUAUGCAGAGUGGCUGAGUUAGGCAGCGAAGAACUAGUUGACUCAAACUCAUCAGAUAAUUGAAACCACUGUAUUAAAUUUGCUGUUGGGGAUACCAGAAUAUUUACCUUGAUGCGAAGGCCUGUUCUUAGCAUUAUUGUUGUUGUUGAUUUGAAUUGUAUUACUUUGAUGAACAGUCAGUUAGCCCAUUUUUGUGUAGAUUUGCUACUCUUAGGGAAAAAGGCAUAUUAAUCUGUUAGUAAUCCAUCUCUUAUUUAAUUUCUCAUGUUGAUGUGCUCUAGUGGUGUUUGUUAGUGCUGUUCGCAAGUAAGUCUGUAUUCAGGAUAAGGGAGUAAAUGAAUGAGUCAGAGACUAAAGUUAGUUAAGGUCAACUGGGCUCACAACUGACUUCAUGGCCAAAACGCUGUCUGAAUUUGUGUUGUUUUGCUCCUAAUUUGUCACACAGAGAGGAAAACCUGAGAGACCAAGGUCAAAUGACAGGGAUGAGCUAAAAAAAAAAAAAAAGCCAUACUUUUUUCUUUUUCUUUUUUUUUUAAUGCAGGCUGUGGCAGGGUGGUUGCUCUUAAUGGCUAUUUUAAAUCCAUUUUCUCCUGGCAUGGAAAAUGCUCCAGAAAGUUCUUUUUUGCUUUGUUUUUAAUGAUUUGGUCUUAUGGAUGAAUAUGAUCAUUUCUGUCUCGCAUAGCAACAAUGUUUACAUCUCCAUACAAAAGCCACUAUAUUUACAGUUGCUGUAAUUGAGAAGAUCAUUGAGUAGAUACAGUUGCUAUUGUGGCUUUUUAAUCCCCUCGAUCUCUUAAACUGAAGAUUGCUUGAAUAAUGUUGUCGGAUCUGCCACUUCAAAACCAGGAAAUUAAUUUACAUACGAUGGUUAUAACUGUCUACAUAGUUUUCUCACUAACUAUUUGCGUCACUGACAAUGUUAGGUCCAUUCUGAAAAGACCAUGUCUAAGUGUUUCUUUUUUUAAGUCAUCUUAUCUGUAGAUCGCAGUGAAUUAGCUUUUUGAGGUUUCAGUUUUUAGAUUGACAAAACUAUUUCCUGUCAUUUGUUUUCAUAUGCAAAAUAUUAAGGGCUUUUGGGGUUCCAUCCACAGUCAUUAUUCAGUCCACUAUAAACAAAAACAAAACAAAACAAAAUAACCUGAUUUCAGUUGUGUUGCCUUAAAAAUGGUUAAGACAUGGACCAGCAAAUGUUGCCCCGAUUGCUCAACUACCGUAAGACUGGUUAUUUUGGCCAGCAUCAAAAUGGGUAGGUUUUGACCAGCGAUGACUUUGUUCAAAACUUUCACACAUUUAUUUUUCCAAUGAGGCCCUCCACUGCCCAGUUAUGACCUUUAAAAAAAAA